AUGGCAGCACCAAACGAGGCGCCCGUCAUCAUCAUCGGCGGCAGUCUGGUCGGCCUCGCCAGCGCCCUCUUCCUCUCCGCCAGGGACGUCCCCGUCGUCCUCAUCGAGCGCCACACCGCCAGCUCCCGCCACCCCCGCGCCAUCGGCUACACUACGCGGACCCUGGAGCUGCUCAAGACCGUCGGCAUCCCGCCCAGCGCCCUCGACGUUGGUAGCGUCCCGCCGGGUGGCCGGCCCCGUCGUAUCAAAGUCAAGAGCCUGGCGGGCGAGUGGGCGGACGAGCAGCACUGGGGAAAUGGCAACGCGAAACCCCCUGGUGGCGGCGGAGGAGGAGAAGGAGGUCCCGCCGGCCCAGGUGGAGGACCUGAGGGGAAGCCGAGCACCGGCCCCGGAAGCGGUACCAAGGCGUACCCACCCAUCAUCGGCACCGCCAUCGCCCAAGACCGUCUCGAGCCCAUCCUCCGGCGACGGGCCGUCGAGCUCGGCGCCGACCUCCGCCUCGGGUGGAAGAUGACGAGCUGGAGCCAGUCGGCCGACGGCGUCAGCGUCACGGCCGUCGACAAGGAGGGCAGGCAGACGACGGUCCACGGCUCGUACAUGGUGGCGUGCGACGGCGCGCGCAGCGUGUUCCGCGAGGCGCUGGGCAUCCGGACCACGGGCGUCGGCUAUCUCCGCAGCCUCCGCAGCGUUAUGUUCCGGUGCAGGCCCAUCGAGCGCUACCUCGAGCGGGGCUUCGUCCAGUUCGCCAUCGAGGGGCGUGACGACGGCUUCGAGGCCUUCCUCGUCAGCUACCCCGACCGGCGGUGGGCACUCAUGUGGAACGACGACGACAGCAACGACGAGGACGACGGCGACAACGGCGCGGCGCGCACGAUGGACGCCCGCGCCCAGCGGGACCUCGUCCGGAAAGCCGCCGGGCUGGGCGAGAACGAGCUCCCGGACGAGGCGGUCGAGCUGCUGGCCAUCGGGCGGUGGGAGAUGAGCGCGCGGAUCGCGGAGCGGUUCUCAUGCGGCCGCGUGUUCCUCGCCGGGGACGCGGCGCACACGCUCCCGCCGAACCGCGGCGGGUACGGCGCCAACACGGGCAUCGCGGACGCGCACAACCUCGCGUGGAAGCUGGCGGCGGUGCGGGAGGGGCGGGCGGACCCGGCGCUUCUGGAGACAUACGACGAGGAGAGGCGGCCGGUGGCGCUGGUGCGGCACGACCAGCUGUUCGCGCGGGACGACUACAAGGCGUACGCGCGGGGCGGCGAGGGCGAGGCGACGGGGCGCACCGUCCGCUUCAUCGACGACGUGGCCAUGGAGCUCGGGCAGAUCUACCGCUCGCGGGGGGUGGUUCUCGGUCCGGAGGGGGGGAGGGAGCUGCCUGACGCGCUGCGGCCGGACGAGUGGAAGGGACAGCCGGGGACGAGGGCGCCGGAGGUGACGGUUUCGACCGGCGGGGAGGAGGUCUCGAGCCUGGAUCUGUUCGGCGGCGGGUGGGUGCUGCUCUCGAGGGACGAGGCGUGGAGGGCCGGGGCCGAGAGGGCCGAGGCGGAAGCCGGCGUCGGAUGCGAGUUCGUCCGCAUCGGGGCCCGGGCGACGGAGGCGGACGGCCAGGAGACGUUUGAGGAUACUUUCGGGGUGAGCGAGUCCGGGGCCGUGCUCGUGCGGCCGGACGGGUUCAUUGCGUGGAGGUCGGCGGAGAAGGGGACCGGGCUUGAAGCUGCGUUUCUGCGGGCGUUUAAGAGUGUUUCCUUUUCGAGACGGUAA